ACCUUCUAGAAUACGCCACCAGCCCGAGCUGGAGCGAGAACCCUAGCGCGAAGCUUCGACGAAGAUGCGCGCCCGGUGACCCGCCGAGGAUUUACCGGGGGGAUGGCGGUGGCGGCGGAGGGCGGGGGCGUGGAGGAGGGCGUGGGGGAGAGCUCGUCCCCGCCCCGCUACGCCGCGUCCGCGCCCGCCGCGUCGGGGCCCGCCGCCUCGGGCGGGAGCGGCGGCGGCGGGGUCGCCCCCGGCGACAUCUGCGCCCAGGUCUACGACCGCCUCGUCGCCGAUGGCAACGACGAGGCCACGGGCCCCGACUUCCGCGUCCAGCUCGAGGCCCAUUUCGCGCGACUCCCCUACAGCUAUCAGCUUGAUAUCAAUGUCGACAAAUCAGCAGAUGUCCUGGUCCAUCAGAAGGUCUUGAUGGAAGCAAAGGAUCCUCUCAGGCGCCCUGCGUUCCGUGUCCGUUUCUUGAGGAUUGAGGACAUGGAUUCAGCAUAUGACUCUGAUGCAUCUGACGAAGGUGCCGAUGAUGGUGAUGAGCUCUCUGUAAGGCAGGACACACCAUACACGCAUAUUCAUGAGAUAGUUUUCUCCACAAUUGACAAGCCAAAGCUUCUUAGUCAGCUCUCUGCCUUGCUAUCAGACAUUGGACUGAACAUCAGGGAAGCACAUGUUUUCUCCACCGUAGAUGGCUAUUCUCUUGAUGUUUUUGUUGUUGAUGGUUGGCCCAUUGAGGAUACUGAUGGUUUAGAGAAGGCGCUUGAAGCAUCUGUUUUAAGGAAUGAGGGUUCAUGGUCUGGUUCAUCUCACUCCUCAGCUGCGGAAAGAACACCACCAUUCCAGGUAAAAGGUGGUGAAUGGGAAAUUGACAAACGACUUCUGAAGAUGGGAGACAUGAUGGCUUCUGGUUCUUGUGGAGACUUGUUUCAUGGGACUUACUUAGGCGAGGAAGUUGCUGUGAAAGUUCUAAAAGCUGAGCAUUUGAAUAAGAAUGUUUGGAAUGAGUUCACGCAGGAAGUGUAUAUUCUAAGGGAAGUUCAUCAUACCAAUGUUGUGCGAUUCAUUGGCGCAUGCACAAAACCACCAAAAUUUUGCAUAAUUACAGAAUACAUGUCUGGAGGAAGCCUUUAUGAUUACGUGCACAAGCAGCGCAAUGUCUUUGAUCUCCCAACUCUGCUGAAGUUUGCAUGUGAUAUAUGCCGAGGGAUGUGCUACUUGCAUCAGAGGGGUAUUGUCCAUAGAGACUUGAAGACAGCAAACCUUCUAAUGGACAAAGAUAAUGUUGUGAAAGUUGCAGAUUUUGGUGUAGCUCGGUUCCAGGAUCAAGGAGGUAUCAUGACAGCUGAAACUGGAACUUACAGAUGGAUGGCGCCUGAGGUUAUAAAUCAUCAACCAUAUGAUAACAAAGCAGAUGUGUUCAGUUUUGCUAUUGUGCUUUGGGAACUAAUGACGUCCAAGAUCCCAUACGAUACCAUGACCCCUCUGCAAGCAGCUGUAGGUGUGAGGCAGGGUUUGCGCCCAGUGCUGCCAAAAAGUGCACAUCCCAAGCUAUUAGACUUGCUGCAGAGAUGCUGGGAAACCAUCCCAUCAAACCGGCCUGCUUUCCCAGAUAUCUUAACUGAACUAGAGGGUCUUCUGGAAGAAGUUCAGGGAACUAAAGGGGAGACGAGCGAGCAACCAAAAGAUGUAUCCAGCCCAACAAACUGACCCUCUGCACAUACCUGACAUUUUUCUUGUUCUCCGAUUGGCCUAUAUAUUAGGAUUCGGGUCACUAAUGUUGAGGAAUGUAGCAUAUCAUUUUUGGUUUUGUUUCUCCUUUUGUUAUAUACAUUUUGAGCAAUUAUCUUGGGCCUAUUUUUUUCAGCCUAUUUAUCGUUAUCACAGAUGAAAUUGGUUA